UUGAGUUUUUUUUUUAAGUAAAUUAAAAAUAUAAUAAAGUUAUUUAUGUAUAAAUUUAAUGUAUCAUAGAAAUGAAUAUUAGAAAAAGUACAGGAUUUUAUGAUCUAUGCGUGAAUAUACCAAAAAAUGAAAUACAAAAUUUAUAUCCUAUUUUAUUAAAAUUAUAUGAAUAUGGAUUUAAAACAAUUGCAAUAAAUACUGAUAUAGAUGAAAGUGUUCUUGGAACAGAAAAGAAAAAAAAAAAAAGUGGUGAUAGCGAAAUAUCACAGGAUAUUAUUUUCAAAGCAAUUGACAUAGAAAAUAUAAAAAAAAAAUUUGAUGGAAAAUUAAAAAUUUUUAAUCGAAUUACUUUUUUUUGUUCUGAUUUUACUAAAACACAUAUAUUAAAUCAUUGUUCCACGUUAAAAAAGUAUGAUUUGUAUGCUUUUGCUCCAAAAACACAAAAUGCUUUACAAUUUGUAUGUACUCAAUUAAAUGUAGACAUAAUAACAUUAAAAUCAAAUCAUAUAACUUUUAAACUCAAUAAAAAAUUAUAUGAUCAAGCAAUUGAAAGAGGAAUACACUUUGAAAUUCAAUUUGUAGAUCUAUUAAAUCUUGAGUCUAGGAAGCAAACUAUUCAUUAUUCUCAUCUUUUUCAUACUUAUGGAAAAAGUAAGAAUAUAAUAAUAUCAAGUGGCUUAAAUGAUAUUAGUAUGAUUAGAAAUCCUUAUGAUCUCAUAAAUUUAGCAUAUUUAUUGGGUUUGAAUGAAAUUCAAGCAAAAGCUUCAAUAUUAUAUCAAUGUAAAAAGCUUUUAUUACGAGCAGAAAGAAGACGCAGAGGAAAAGCUGUUUUUAUUAUUGAAAAUCAAAUCAAAGAAUUUAAUCUUACUAAAUAAGAUUAAUUUUUAAAAAAUU